AAAUGCAGACCGAGUGGGUUUCUUAUAGGGCAGCACAAGUUUACACAACCAGAAUCUAGCUUGUUACAAUUUAAAGUAUCCGAUUCUUCUCGCUGUUUGAUUUAACCUCGAUUGGAAGAUGACCACAGCCGUGGUGUCGCCUUUCUUCGACUUUAGCGAAGUGAUCAACAACAAGAACAAAAUGCUGAACUACAAUAAUAACAUCCUCAGUGCUCCGCACCCUGUCUCUGUCCCUUGCACGGGGCCAAGUCUGCCCAUCUCCAACCCCACCGGGUGCCUGCUGGACAGGAAGGCUGUGGGGACACCCUCGACCGGUGGGGUUUACCAGCGCCGGCACUCUGUCACUUCGGCUAGCAACAAACUCAACCAAAACCAGUUCUUGAACAUUGCCAAGGCAGAUCCAUCCCUGCUCGGUUCAGGGACGGGAACCACCGGCAGCAGCAACAAAGAGAACCGACUUCGAGACCGCUCUUUCUCGGAGACGGGGGAUCGCCUGCUACAGAAAUGUUCGGGCCCUGGAGGCCCCAACAGCCAGGUCAACUCAAGCCGCUACAAGACAGAGUUAUGCAGGCCGUUCGAGGAGAAUGGUGCCUGCAAGUACGGUGACAAGUGCCAGUUUGCUCAUGGCAUUCAUGAGUUGCGCAGCCUAAGUCGCCAUCCGAAGUACAAGACAGAGCUCUGCCGCACAUUCCACACCAUUGGCUUCUGCCCCUACGGCCCACGCUGCCACUUCAUCCACAACGCGGAAGAGCGCCGCGGACCUCCGCCAACCCCGUCCCCCCUUUCGGCCUCCAACAAGAUGGAGAGGCCGCGGCUGCAACACAGCUACAGCUUUGCGGGGUUCCCCAGCUCUGGAGGCUUGAGGGACAGCCCCACCUCUGUCACCCCGCCACCUAUAUUUUCCCCAGACGACCUGCCCGAGUGGCCUAGCAGCAACCCCUUUACGUAUUCCAGCCAGGAGCUGGCCAACCUCUUCAGCCCCAGCCUGGGCAAUGCACCUUUAUCCUGCUCCGACCCUUCCACCCAGGCGCCAUCUUCCCCGACGACCGCUUACUACUUCAGGGCCAUGUCAGAGUCUCCCCAACUCUACGAGUCUCCAUCCAGCCAGCCCGACUCGCUUUCCGACCAAGAGGGCUACCAGAGCAGCUCGAGCGGAAGUCUGAGCGGCUCCGAGAGUCCAGUCCUCGACACCACCCGCCGACUGCCCAUCUUCAGCAGGCUUUCCAUCUCCGAUGACUAAAGCACACUGAGCCAGACCCCAUCCCCACUUUCCACUGCAUGCAGCAGUCUUGGGCAGAGAGGAUGAGACGCUAGCACUCCCUCUACCUCUCGCCAUUUCUCUGGCGCCCUAGAAGCCGUAGACUUCCCUCCUUGUAUCAGCUCCGCUCUGAAACCGAUGCAGUGAAUUAAGGGAUCUUUCUCGUACUCAUUUUAACCAGAACAAGCUAUAACUCUCCCGGCCUCAAGACUCUUCUGUUUUCCGGGCCUCAUCUUGCAGUGCCCCUGCUAUGUUCUUGGUGUGACUGUGCCAAACACGCAGAGUAGGAAGUGGAUUAGCGCAAUGCUAAUCGUGAGAGGUAUGAGACCGUUGUGCCAGGUGCCACAGCUGCAGUCAAGUGUAGCGGAGCCGGUGGCACAGUUAUGGGAGAGAUCUGCGCCCUUCCCCCCCUCACAAAUUACCACUCUUCUCAAGGACACUCUUUCAUAACUAACUAAAGCUCACAAGUGUCAUGCUUAGACCUUUCACAACUGUCUUUGUAGACCGGCUUAAAGCAAAAAGAGGAAAAGAAUAUGGAAAAAAAGACAAGUGCCUGGGGUUAAGUGUUGGGGUGAAUGGACCACUGUUUCUUUUAUCUUUAGUAACUUUUUUUUUUUUUUUUUUUUUUUUUUUUUUUUCUCCGUUCCUUGUGGCCUGAUUAUGUAGCUCUUGUUUUGAGUGUGUGAAAUUGCAGAUUACAUCAGUCUGCAGGAAGGACUUCUCUCAUAAGGGUUGAAUGAGAAUGGAGCUCUGGAAUAUUACGGGCACAUUCAAAUGUUCAAUCAGGUGCUACGUGCUCCAUGUCUCACCUACAACCAGCACGAACCCCUGAGAUGGGACGUCUCCACUCGAAAAUGAACAAUUCCUUACAAUUUGUUGUUGCUGUUGUCGUUAGUGCCCUUUUUCCCAUUAGUUGCUGGUUACUUAAAGUUUGCUGGGAAGGGAAUCUUGUUAUUAAACCUUAAAGACAAACACUUUUUUUUUUUUUUUUUUUUUUUCUGUCCCACCUCAAAACGCCACCUUCCCUCGGGCCAAUCAGCAAACAGAGGGACAAUUCCAUCAUUCCCAAGGUGCAGUUCAACCUCCUGCAGCUUCACUUUAGUUCUUCAUGCAAGCACGCUUUUUUCCGUAGAUUCUGCUCAGAGGAGCACUUUGUAAUUUUGUCAUCUUUCCACCUCUUGGUUUUGUUUUUUUGUUUUUUAUUAUGGUCAUUGUUUAUUAUUAUUAUUAUUAUUAUUAUUAUUAUUAUUAUUAUUAUUAUUAUUAUUAUUAUGGUUAUAUUGUUAUUGUUUGAAAACCUUUCAGAACUAAAGGUUUUGCUUGUCACUGCUUAUUUAACUUAUCAAAAACAUAUUUAUUGGUGAUCAUAUGCAUUUUUUUGUUAAUUUUGUUUGUAUUUAUCUUGAUAAUGAAACAAUAGAAUAUAUUUUCUUUUAUGUUAAAUUAUGAUCUUCUGUAUUAAUCUUAAGAUUGUGAAGACUUGUCAGCUUUCUUUUUUUCACAGUUUAAUAUAUUGUACUACAAUGACUUUUGUUGGCAACUACACUUAAAUGAAACUUAAUUUAAAGCAAAAAAGCAAAAACAAAAAAAAUCCUCUGCAUUUUGAUUUAUUUAUUGUAGCGUUAUUGUCAUUCCCUUUUCCCAAAUAUUGACUGCAAAAUCAGUACUACCAUACAAUCAUUCCUAGAUAAUAAACUCACAGGAGCGUUAGCAGCUAUUUUUACAAAUGAAAGAGAAAAGAUUUCCAACACAUGUUUUUUUUUUUUUUUUUUCCUCCCCCUAUUGAGGUGAGCUUAGGCCCUACUUCUAGCAUUUACAUGGCAGUGAAAAAUCACCAAACAUUGAGUUUUUUUGUGAAAAACAUAUAUGGAUUACCAAUCCAGUUUACUGAAUGCCUGAGCCUCGUGAUAGAUUUCAUAUAUGGAACAAUUUUUUUUUUUUUUUUUUUUUUUUUUUUUUUUUUUUUUUUAAUUUCAGAUAAAUAGUUGAUCCAAGAUGCAGCAGUUUAGUGGCCUUAAAACACAUGCACCACAUUUUACAAUACCACCAUGAAGUGCUUUUUUUGUUUCGAAUGUUCGUUACAAAGGUUUAAUGAUGUUGCAAGUAAUAAACCUCCAGUGUUAAAGCAGUUUAUUUGGUUAUGGUGGUGGACAUGAUGAAAGUCAGGCAAUAAUUGUGACCUAAUAGGCUGAAGUUCUGUUGUCUUUGGAUAUUAGGAGCUUUUGGCCUAUAUGUAAAGUGCCUCUUUUACACAUUCCAUAAGCAAGCGUUCUUUGCCUUAAAUAAAGCUGGGAUGCUUUUUUUUAUGACUUAUUGCUUGUAUCCUUAGUGGUUUAAGCAAUGAUUGUCCAAGUUGGUUAACAGUAUAGACACAAAGAAAGUAUCUGAAGAGUUGAAUGUAUUUUUUUUUUUUUUUUUU